AUGACACUACCGGUGCCAUAUGGGUGGGACACAUACACCGUGCUGGCAGCCUGGCUGCUGCGAGAGAGGGCCAAGGGCGCUGCGUCCCCCUGGGCGCUCUUCCUGCGCUCGCUGCCCGCCUACGUGCCCCUGCCUGCUCUCUUCCCCCAACAGCUCAUCGACCAGUUUGAGUACUGGCCGAUCGUUGACCAGGCCACGCGUCUCAAGGCAGCAUAUGCGGACCUGUACGAUCGCUGCAACAGCAACCCCACCACCAUCGUCCAUGCCUAUUCCCUCCUUUUUUCCCUCUGCUCCCCAUCUCCCCCCCGCACUCCACCACAGGCCACGCGGCUCAAGGCGGCAUAUGCCGAUCUGUACGACAGAUGCAACAGCAGCAAUCUCGCUGCCAUCGCCAACGCCACUCGCUCCGAGUUCUACUGGGCGCUCACUAUAGUCACAUCGCGCUGCUUCACCUUCUCGCCUUCAAUGCGCGCCCGUGGGGGUGGGGAGGAGCAGCAGGCGGAGGGUGCGGAAGGGGCGGAAGGGGGCAGGGAUGGGAGUGCAGAUGGGGCAGAAGUAGCAGCAAAUGUAGUGGAAGCAGUAGCAACAGAAGAGGCAGGAGGGGAGUCAGAGGAGGGGAGUACUAGCAGCAGCAGCAACAGUGGUGGCAGUGGCAGGAGAGCGGAGGAUUGGUAUGCCACGUCAGCAGCCAUGCUCCCAUUCGCUGAUCUGUUCAACCAUGAUUACUACCCCAACAUGGGGUGGAAGCUCUCAGGCGACCACUUCCUCUUCACGACCUACCAGGCCAUUGAGGAAGGAGAGCCGCUGAGCAUAUCAUACGGAGCCAAGCCCAGCAUUGACAUGGUGGCGGAGUAUGGCUUCGUGCCUUCAUACAACCCUUAUGACACCGUCAUCCUCUUCCCCAGCCCAACGGCCAUGCCCACCAUUGACAUGUUGGCAGAGUAUGGCUUCGUGCCUCCGUACAACCCUCAUGAUACUGUCAUACUACUCCCCAGCAUCCACAUGCUGUCGUUGCACAUCAUGCCCAGCAUCCACAGGCUGUUGUUGCACAUCAUGCCCAGCAUCCACAUGCUGUCGUUGCACAUCAUGCCCAGCAUCCACAGGCUGUCGUUGCACAUCAUGGCCAGCAUCCACAUGCUGUCAUUGCACAUCAUGCCCAGCAUCCACAUGCUGUCGUUACACAUCAUGCCCAGCAUCCACAUGCUGUCGUUGCACAUCAUGGCCAGCAUCCACAUGCUGUCGUUGCACAUCAUGCCCAGCAUCCACAUGCUGUCGUUGCACAUCUUGCCCAGCAUCCACAUGCUGUCGUUGCACAUCAUGCCCAGCAUCCACAUGCUGUCGUUGCAUGGCUUCGUGCCUGAUGAUGUUGUGCUUUGCUUUGCACUCUCGGCCACUCUUAUCAGAGUGUAUCUAAUUUCUCUGGUUUCCUCUAUUCCUCGUCCCUCCAACCCUCUGGUUCUUCCCUCCAGCUCUGCUCGUCUGGUGGAGUAUGCAGUGCAACAGACGCACCCCACUCAACCGCACCCCACCCAGUCACACCCUGCUUAUGCAACACUGAGGGGGGCACUGAGGGUUGCGGCGUCGGUGAGGGAGGUGGUGGAGAGGAUGAGAGAGGAGAGGCGGACAGGGGUGCAGAAGGGACAGGGGCGGGCGGAGGAAGAGGGGGAGGGGCAGGAGGCGCAGGGGGAGAGGGGGCAAGGUGGGGACGGAAAAGGGGAGGAGGCGCAGAGGGAGGAGGGGCAGGGGGAGGAAGGGCAAAGGGUUGGCACGAGUGGGGAUGGCAGCACGGGUGGGGAGUGGUGGGAGGGGAUGGAGAGCGAGGAGGAUUUUGAGAGCGCAAAGAAGCAGCUGGUGGUGUGGGCGGGCGGGCAUGCGAGCCCUGAGAUGCUGGCCAUGGCUGCUGCUGUGUGGCACUGGAUAGACACAGGCCGAGAGUUGGAUGCGGAACAGCUCGCCACGGCAGCCAUGCAUCUGAGUGCACCCAUCUUGGACAAUGGGAAACCCUUUACUGAUGAUGAAUAUGAUGGUGGUGCUGGUGAUGCACAGGCUGCUGACACGUGGCAGCAGCUGGCCCAGUCCACGUCAGCAGACAUCCUAUCCUCCCUGUCAGCAGCAGCAUGCGCAAUCCAGCAGCGGGUGAGAGCCCUAUUGGGCGUGGGGCUGACAGGCGAGGAGAAGAGGCGGGCAGCGAGAGAGGCUUCUGAAGCAGAGUCGAGGCUGUCAGGAGGAUGGUCUUUCUCAACGGAUUACUAUGAGGAUGAGGAUAGGUUGAGGGAGCUGGUGGCGUGUCGAGGGGGCAGGUACAGGAGUGCGAGUGAGAUCCUGGCAGGGGACAGCGGGGAAGCGAGUGGUGAGGAGGAUCGGGGAAGCAGGGAGGGGGAUGCGGACGAGGGCGAGCAAACAGAUGGCUCGGCAGGCGGUUCGGCAGGUGGUUCGGCAAACAAGCCGGUGUGUUCACCUGGUGUGAUGCGGUGGGUGCAUGAGAGGGAGACAGUGCUGCAGUUCCGGAUGGUGAAGAAGUCGAUUCUGAGUGAGGCAGAUGUCGCCAUGGGUGAGUGGUGCCGCAGCAUGGGGCGUGCUGCCAGUUAA